UCUUUGAAAAGGACCAGUUGAAAGACAUGCGCUAUAGCAUUUUUGCCCCUUCCAUAAGCGGCCGCAGAAAUAUGACAAUUUAUUACCUAAUAAACUUUGAUUAACGGUUAGUUUGUUAUGUAGCACGUGCGGACAAGCGGAGUAAGCGGACGACAGUCGAAUCACUGACGAGAUUAUCUUGCAAGUUGCACUAUCGGUAAGAUAGAGUUGAUUUGUAAGUUGAAUUUUUGCAUUGCAUCAGGGAAAAAUAUACAGAAAAGAAGUAUAUUCAGGAGUUAUUUGCUGUUUAAUAAUAUUUCACUUUUAUUUCUUUUUCAUUUUUGCUCAUUUAUCUGUUUAGCAGCAUACUUGCACAAUCUGUUUUUAUCUACAAUCGUUCUGAAGAAAAUAUCAAGGUAUAUAUGUUGAAUUAUUACAUUUGUUUCUUUAUUAUUGACAUAGCAAGGUUGCAAAGAUUUGUCAAAUUUCAAGAUAAAAUUAUUUGGAAAUGCAAUAAAAUGCAAUAAAAUCAUUUAUUGAUAACAUUCAGUACAGGAAAGCUUGAAAAUAAAACCGCUUUAAAAAACAUAUAUACCUAUAUGUAUACUUGGUAAGCAGACGACAUAACCUCAUGAAACAGUAAACACGACUGAAAAGAGUGCAUGUGUGUUGAGCUACUACUUUUAAUGUAUACAUAGUCUUUUAAACCUUCCAAUUACUGAGAUUUGUGACUUAAAAAUCGUAUAGCCAUACGCAUAUCUAUAUAAUAAUGGAAUCUCUGCGAGAAAUUGUUCAAUUUUUGAAUCAUGAUGCCCGACUGGAUUUAAAAGCCAUUGCAUUGGAGCACGUGCUUGGUGUGACUGCGACUGCUGAUGGCCGAGAGCUCCUGUUGAAGCUGCCAGAAAUAUUAAAACAGCUUGUUAUUCUUAUGCAAGACUCUUCCGUGCCUAUUAGCAAAGAUGCUGCAUUGGCACUGAUAAAUAUCACUGGAGAUGAAUCAGGAACCAAAGCGAUGCUGAUUAUUUCAGAAGGGAGCAAUUCGACGGAAGAUAAAAAAUACAGUCUGAAUUUAGUGGAAGUAUGUAUGAGGGCUAUAAUGGACAAAUCUAGCACCCUGGCAGAUCCAUGUUGCAUGAUACUUUCCAAUAUAACGAGGCCGCUUUAUUUAGUAGACAGAGUGGUAGCACUCGUCGAGCAAACUGAUUUUGCUUGGGAUACGAUAGUGUCCGCAUUCACUGCGAAGCAAUAUAAUACUACGGGCGCUAAAUUGCAUUAUCUCGGACCCGUCUUUAGUAAUCUCAGCCAAUCGUCACACGUGAGAAGAUAUUUAACGGACCGAGAUCGCAGUGUUAUUCAAAGGCUUCUUCCCUUCACAGAGUAUCCUGAUAGUAUAAUAAGACGAGGUGGCAUUAUCGGUACCUUGAAGAACUGUACUUUCGACACGGAGAAUCACGAGUGGUUGCUAAGUCCAGAAGUGGAUUUAUUGUCGUACUUACUGUUGCCGCUUGCUGGGCCGGAAGAAUUUGACGAUGAAGAUAACGAUAAACUGCCUAUUAGUUUGCAAUAUCUUCCUGAAACAAAGACUCGGGAGUCUGAUCCGGAUAUAAGACUUAUGCUACUGGAAUCAUUGAACCAGCUCUGCGCAACGAAAGCGGCGAGAGAAAUAUUGAGGGAAAAAAAUACAUACCUCAUACUUAGGGAACUUCACAAAUGGGAAAAGGACAAAAGCUGCUUACUGGCAUGUGAAAACGUCGUGGAUAUUUUGAUCAAAACGGAGGAAGAAAUUGGCUUGGAUAACCUGAAGGAAGUAGAAGUACCCUCCGAGUACACGGAAAAGUUCCAUAAGAUGGAUAAAGAUUUUAUUAAAGACACAUAGCGCAAAGUUUAUAUAAGUCAUAUAAAUAUGUAAAAUAUCUUGUGAAUAUAUUGCGCGUACGAUAUACCCCUGAU